AAACCUGGUAGAAAAGAGCGUAUUGACAACCGAGAAACAGAACUUCCUUCUUUUUGACAUGACGACACAUCCCCUCACCAACAACAACAUUAAGCAGCGCCUCAUCAAGAAGGUGCAGGAAGCCGUUCUCGACAAAUGGGUGAACGACCCUCACCGCAUGGACAAGCGCCUGCUGGCCCUCAUCUACCUGGCCCACGCCUCGGAUGUCCUGGAGAACGCGUUCGCGCCCCUCCUGGACGAGCAGUACGAUUUAGCCACCAAGCGGGUGCGGCAGCUCCUGGACUUAGACCCUGAGGUGGAGUGUCUGAAGGCCAGCACCAACGAGGUGCUGUGGGCAGUGGUGGCCGCCUUCACCAAGUGACCCUGCGCAGAACCGAGCGUCCUCCUUUCUCUCGCGGCAACCAGUCAUUUUCCUUCCAGGGACUUCUGGUUUUCUGCAGUUGGUACUUCCCACACUAUAAUUGGCUUUUGUUUUAUGAAAUGGUGGGUGGCUUUUUCUUUUGUGUAUGUAUGCAGGAUUCUGCUGGUACGAGAGGCCUUCCUCUUUCUGUUGUGAGAAAAGUUUCACCACCAUACUGGCAUUCCAUUGCUUGUUGCCCGUUUGGGCUCUGGUGUGCUUUGACUGUCAGAGCACCUCCAGGGUCCCCACACGCACAUCUUGUGGAUUACCUCAGGUUGAGUUUCUCCCACAUGUGCAUGUACAUCUCGCAUUCUGCCUGCAAUUCAGACAGAAGUCACAAAAAGGCCUUUAACUCACCAAAGGUAAAUAUCUGUAUCUAUUAGGACGUUUUAUACAUAGACCUCAGUUGAGAUGUAUACUUAGCAAAAUUAUUUUUAAAUUGAAAUACACAGUAAAUAAUAUAAAGUGCCCCUUGGAUCUUGCUUCCCAUGUAAAUCUGUUGUAUUAUUACACUUGUUAUAAUUUUAACUAUUAAAUCAUAAAGGUCCAGUUGUUUCACACAGCCAGUUUGAGAUGGGCUGCAUUCCAGUUAUGCUGUAUAUAGUUUGAAUUAUAUAGAAGUUGUUCCUUCUUCUGGCCACCACUGCCCAUCUUAGUAUCUUGCAGGGUUUAAUUAGUUGUACACCUGGUGCCCCUUACUUGCUACAGUCAUUGUAAUUUGAUGGCAAAAUAGACCUCUCACCAUUGAAGGAGAGAGAAAACGUGUGUCUGAUUGGUCCCAAGAUUUCGUGAGCUGUGCCAUUCGUGGUACUCUCUGCCUAUGCAUCUCCUUUCUGGAAUUUUUUUCAGUCUUAUUAUUUUUAUCAUUUCUGUAGAGAAGAGGCUUGUG